AUGGUUUCUGCAAUGCUCAACGGGGCCAUCGCCAUCACCUGCCCCAAAGGGUUAGGGUUUCCUGGUUUCAAUCUUCACUGCAGACCAAUUCACCGACCCAAUUCAGUCACCGCUUCCCCAACGCCGAGACUCUCGGUGGCAACCAGAUGCAGCGUGUCGGUGUCGUCACGGCCGUUGGCGCAACCCAGGUUCAUACAGCACAAGAAAGAGGCUUACUGGUUCUACAGGUUCUUAUCCAUCGUUUACGACUUCCUCCGUCAAAUGCACCAUACGGAGGACAUGAGGGACGCAUUUCUCGAGCCGGCAGAUCUCAGCCAUCCGGACUUGCGGGUGGUCGACGUUGGCGGCGGAAGUGGAUUCACUACUCUGGGCAUCGUCAAGACAGUGAAUGCUAAGAACGUGACCCUUCUGGACCUGUCGCCACAUCAGCUGGCCAAGGCGAAGGAGAAGGAGGCGUUGAAGGAAUGCAAUUUCUUGGAAGGAGAUGCUGAGGAUAUCCCUUUUCCUACUGACUAUGCCGACAGAUACGUUUCUGCUGGAAGCAUCGAUUACUGGCCAGAGCCUCAGAGAGGGAUAAGGGAAGCGUACAGAGUCCUCAAGGUUGGUGGGAAAGCGUGUGUCAUUGGCCCUCUCUACCCAACCUUCUGGCUCUCUCGCUUCUUUGCUGAUGUUUGGAUACUUUUCCCCAAGGAGGAAGAGUACGUUGACUGGUUCACCAAAGCAGGUUUCAAGGAUGUUCUGUUCAAGACGAUUGCCCCCAAGUGGUACCGUGGUGUUCGCAGGCACGGCCUUGUCAUGGGAUGCUCUGUCACCGGUGUCAAACCUGCCUCCGGUGACUCUCCUCUCCAGAUUGGUCCAAAGGAAGAGGAUGUGGAGAAGCCUGUGAACAAUGGCUUCGUCUUCUUGGGACGCUUCCUCUUGGGAACCCUAGCGGCUGCCUGGUACUUGGUAAUCCCAAUCUACAUGUGGAUCAAGGAUAAGAUCGUUCCCAAGGGUCAACCCAUCUGA